AAAAAUGCAUUCCACCACCCCACAAAAUAAUCAUUUAAACAAAAAUAAAAUUAAUUUUUUUUCCUCAUUUCUGUGUAAUUAUCCAUCAACUACUACAAAAUCUUCAAUGGAAAUUAAUAAAAAUAAUAAUAAAAAUAAUAAAUUUAUUUCCUCAUUUUAUUCAUCCCCAAAAACAUUAAUUCCUCAAAAUUCUGAUAUUAAAAUUAAUAAUAAUUCCCCUCCCUCCAGUGAAAAUACAAUAAAUAAUUCAACAGAAACACCCCAACAAAAGGAUAAUGUAAUUCUGACAGUCAGAAUGUUAAUGCAGGGGAAGGAUGUAGGCAGCAUUAUAGGAAAGAAGGGCGAUUUUAUUAGACAAAUUAGAGAAAAUAGUGGUGCUAAAAUUAAUAUUACAGAUGGGUCUUGUCCAGAAAGAAUUGUAACAAUUUCGGGUACUUUUGCUGCCGUUGAUCAAGCCUUCACUUUGAUUGUUAGAAAAUUUGAAGAAGAUAUUCCCUCAACACAAGUUGGAGCUAUAAAGCCACCCAUUACACUUAGGCUAAUUAUACCAGCUUCACAAUGCGGUUCAUUAAUUGGAAAAGGCGGUUCAAAAAUAAGAGAAAUACGUGAUAAAACUGGUGCUUCUCUUCAAGUAGCAAACGAAAUGCUUAGCAAUUCUACAGAAAAACCAGUUACCAUAAGUGGUAACAGUGAAGCGUUAAUAGGCUGUAUGAAGCAUGUCUGUCACAUUUUGCUCGAUUCCCCAGCCAAAGGUCCCACAAUUCAAUACAAACCUUUGGGUACCUUAACAAAUAUAUUAACACCUUCAACUUCGGUAUUGGCUUCCGUUGUAGCUUCUGGAGGAGGAGGGAAAUUAUUAUUUGGAGGGGCACCUCAGCAACAAUCUAGUCAACAACCAACCCUUCCAUUUAUUGGAGGAUUACCCCCUUCCUUGUGGCAACAACAAUUAUUAUUACAACAAUUACAACAACAACAAACACAAAGAAAUAUUAUUUCGAAUAAUAUUCCAUUAUUAAUCCCUCAAUCACUUCAAGAGGUAGUUUUUUUGAGUGUGUGA